AUGGCGCAUAUCGCUGCGGUAGCACUGUGCAGCUUAGCGGCGACGGAGACGCUUGCGCAGGAUGUCAAUCAACUCGUAUUCGGUGGCGCGACAGCGUCGACUCUUGCAGAGCAGGCCUCCUCGCCUUCUCUUGUACCCGUCAAGAUAGGCCUGAUGUCGAGAUGUCCGGACUUCAUCUCAUUCGCUGCUCAAUUUUCCCGCGCCUUGCCCAAAGUGUGGUCGCUGAUCGACCUUCAGUACGCAUACAUCGGCACUCGCAAUCAUUCUUCACCGUACGGCGCUUCUUGCAAACACGGCGACAUUGAAUGCGCAGGCAAUGUGCAGGAGCUGUGCGUCAACGAUCAUCUCAGGUCAAACAAGAAGAUUUCAUCUGUUGAAGCGCAGCGAACCACGUGGGACUUCAUCGAGUGCCUCAACUACGGCGGCAUCGCAGACAUUGGAAAGGAGGAUGCUGCACGCAACUGCCUAUCUGCCGUUCAUGGCCCACGAUGGGAGGACGAUGGUAUCAAGCGCUGCGCCGAAGGGAAGUUGGGUCGCAAGCUUCUCGCCAAGAGUCUCCAAGAUGCUCACAAAUCUGACAUUGUCAACUCGGCGACCCUGCAGAUUGAUGGCAACACCAUCUGUGUCAGGGACGGCGGCGAGUGGAAGCAAUGCACAGGAGGUCACGAACCCACCGACUGGGUGCGAGCAAUCGAAGACGCGUAUCGUGCACGUAAUCCUUUU